ACAGCCCGCGCUCGCUCUCCGAUCCCGUCUGUCUCUGUUGAAGGCAGGCACUUGCAUUGGGAGGAUAGAUCCGAGUGUGUGCUGUGAAAGAGAUCGAGGACGGCAGAUGAUGUCGAGGGAGCGCAAGAAAGCAGCAGCCGGUCUACAUGAGAAGCUGCAGAUCUUGCGAUCCGUCACUCACUCCCGAGUGCUGAGCGAUACUUCAAUAAUCUUGGACGCAUCGGAGUACAUCCAGGAACUGAAGCAGAAGGUCGUCAGGCUCAAACAGGAGAUCGCGUGUGAAGAUGAAGCAGGCGCGCUCAAGCACAGCUCCUCCCCGGCGACGGUGACCGUGGAAACCCUAGGGCACGGGUUCCUCGUCAGCGUGUUCUCUGACAAGAGCUGCCCCGGGCUGCUUGUUUCUAUCCUGGAAGCGUUUGAUGAGCUGGGCCUCAGCGUACUCGAAGCCACGGCGUCUUGCGCAGACGACACAUUCCACCUCGAGGCUGUUGGGGGAGAGAACCAGGCGGAGAAUGUGGAUGAGCAUGUCGUCAAACAAGCCGUGCUCCGGGCCAUCAGGAACUGCGGCUCGGAAGGCUGUCGCCAACAAGAGUAGCUAGCGCGCAGCAAGGGCCUAGCUGGAGUUGCAAUACUCGCCGUCGCCGUAGUCCCUGUGAUGAGCACGCAUGAUCGGUUGUGCAUAUAGAGCCAUUGCCGAUCCUGUGACUAGUCGUCCUUCUCUUGAUGCAUGUUCUGUUCUAUCCGAUAUAUUAUCUGAAGAAAAACAAGAGCCAUCAGAAAACCUGCAGUACAUGCAUGUUUAGUUUCCUCUGUGCACUAUUAGCUAGAGUUGGGCAUUGUUUGUACGUGGUAUGGUAGCCAGCAGGAGCAACAAGGUGUAACAUGUGUAUGCUAUUGCUUAGCUUCCUUCUGUUGAUCAUGACUAAAUUUGCUCG